AUGUCAGUGUGGCCCUUGUUUAGAAUCAUCCUGGCCCUUAUUCCGAUUUGCGUCUGUUGGCAGGUCCAGGCAGAUCAAGAUAUUAUAUUAAAGCACGACCUACGUAAAAUCGUUCCAACUGCCCAGUUUGGAUUCCUCUCCAGGGGCCAACUUACUCUCACGCUACAAGACUAUAAAUUGGAUAAUCCAUCAGCACCUGGUCCUAUUGGAUUUUAUAUACGCAAAGGAGAAAUUUAUGGAGAAACAUGGGAGGAAAAAGCAGAUCAAGGUUGUAUUCUAGAGAAGAGUGAAAUAACAGAUGAAAUAGCAGACGGAAUUAGUGUGGUCGAGAGCUUGGAAGAGAUAACAGAAAGAUGGCAGAAGACCCUGACAGUAGAGCCAAGCGAGGAAGGAGUAUGGAAAAUAAUACUGGUAAAUUGUAAAAAUACCGGAGUAUCACUUAAUCUGGAGAUGAGCAUGAUAAAUCCCGGGAAUAACCAUUUAUCAGCAGGAGACACACCUCUUUUUAAAGUAUACGGAGCUGUGUUUCUCUGUUACCUGUGUUUAUCCAUUUAUUGGUUGUAUUUGAUCGUUCAAAAAGAUACAACAGUUUUUCGUGCUCACUGGUUUAUGCUUCUACUUGUAAUGAGCAUGUGUUUUAACAAGGCAUUGCAAUCAGCGAAGUACUAUUACAUGAAGAUUGGACUCUUAAGUAAUGGUUGGCGUAUCGGUUUUUAUGUUUUUGCAUUUAUUAAAGGGUUCCUAAGUAUUCUGAUUAUUGUCUUGUUAGCCUCUGGAUGGAUAUUUAUCAAGCCAUUUCUAUCUAGCAAGGACAAACGGGUCAUUUCUGUACUUGUUCCAUUGCAAAUAUUAGCUAAUGUAGCAACUGCAAUACAGAGUGAGGCAGCUAUUAAAUCUACUGAUUGGACAGUAUGGACGGCGAUUCUGCCUUUGGCUGACAUUUUUGCCUGUGGAGUUGUACUAUGGACAAUUUUACAGACACGAAAACAUCUUGGAGCCGCAGCAUCUGCAGAUGGAAAAGAACUUGAUGUCUUGAAAAAAUAUGACCUGUGGUCUUCGUUCUAUAUUGUUGGGCUCGUUUGUGCAACUCUUACAAGUAUCGUUACCGUUCCGUUACGUGAGCUGGUUAGGAGUAGCUGUAGGCGAGCUUGCUACAUUACUAUUUUUUGGGUUUAUUGGGUAAGGGAUAGUAUUGGGCCAUCUUUAAACAAUCCGUACAUGGAUCUACCUGAUCAACACUCAAUUGAUUGGCGUGACAGCCGAGAAGAUAGAGGUCAGACCAUGGUAAUGAACCGAAGAGAUAUAUAA